AUGGCGGAUGUGAAAAGUGUAGCGCACCGGAUUUACGGUUUUGCAUGCAUGCACGAUGGUGUUGCGUACACAAGGCGAUGCCUAUUCUAUCCUGGUUUUAUCGGGGAAUUCCGAUGGACUAUAGAGAAGUAAGUUCCGCCACCUCCACAAAACCUACGGUGCUUGGAAGAGGGUCCCACUUAUGCGUUUCUUCAGUGGUACCCGCCGAACAUUUCCCGGGAAACGCAACUAAAAACCCCGGAUGGUCAGGUCAUCGAUUCCUACACAUUAUUUCUAACGCGAGCAAAUGACUCCAUCGAACUGGGUGCAACCAUCACCACGAGCGCCACCACCAUAGGCACUGGAACCCUGUCGGGGUUCCCUGCAUUCCGUAAACAACUGACAGAUAUUCCGGCCCGGCAGUUCCAUCCAGACGGAGCGCUCCAGUACAAAGUGACCGAUUUGAGACCGUACACAAAUUACAGUGUCGAAGUGGCCGCAGUGUCCAAUUCGCUGGGCAUGUCUGAUCCCAGCAAUCGAAUCGUGUUCACCACGGCCGAAGUCGUGAACAAAGAUAUCCGGGAGUGGGAGAGACAUAGAACUAAACCGGAACGAAUUUAUCAAAUGACCAAGAAUGCGAGCGGUCAAAUCAAUGGUAUAGAAAAAAUUCAAUGGAGUCAUGACGGAAUUGUGAAACCGGACGGAACUCCAGACAGAGAAUGUCAGCCUCAAACCCGGAACGAGUUUAUUACUGCAUUGCAUUUGCAUUCGGCAAAUGGCAAAUGA